AUGAUCUUAAACAACUCAAUAUCUUUUUCGCCAAAAACAAUUUAUAAAAGAUCAGCAUUUCAAGCAGGAGCUCUAAAUUGUGACUCAGAAACAGACGCAUGCAACAAAGUUGAGUUUCUGAAAAGUCAAGGAGUUGGAUGUACAUGGGCAGCAAUUAGCUAUAAAACUCCAUCUACUGAUUCCUCUCCCUUUUAAAUUGGAACAAAACAUAGGUAAAUUUUGGAGCAACAUUAGAAAUUUGUUUCUAUAGGUAAAAUACUAAUUUUUAUAAAAUUAUUUUUACCUACUAAAAUGAAAAAGUGCAAAAAAAAUAUUAUUUAAACAGUUUUCACACUGAAUCGAUUAAUUUUUUGAAUUAAUCCUCCAUAAAAUAAAUUAAAAUUCAAAAAAAUUUUAUUCAAUUAUAUUUUUUAAUUUUUAAAAAAUAAAUUAACUCCUCUUUGAAGAAUUUUUGUUCCCAUUUAAAUAGCAGGGAGUGAAAAUUUCUAUGAAGAAGAGACUGGGGCAGGUGAAAAGCUAUUAACCUUGAUCAAUAGAAUGGGAAUUAAAAACAUCGUGCUAGGAGUCAGAAUUUGAAAAGAUGGAGAUCUCCCUCAGCACGAUAUUUAUCGCAUUAUGAUUGCAAAAGCAAAAGAAUUAAUAGUUGAUUUAUUUUCAAAAACAGAAAAAGACCAAGCAAUCCCCCAAAUAAGCAGACUAAAACAAUUUACUAUUAAUUUCAGCCAAAAUAUAGAGAGUAGCUUAAAUUCAUCAAAAAUAAUUUCAUCAACCAGAGAGCAGACAUCAAGGCUGGAUUUUGAUAAAGAGAAAAUAAAACUUCAUAAAGUGCUAUUAAAAAUUACAGAUCUUGAAAUUAAGCAGCUGAGAGAAUAUAUGUAUCAUCCUAUAAUCAGUAAAAUUUUGCUUGCACUAUUAUGCUUAAUUCAAAAGAGCAAGCCAAACAAUAUUUUACUUAAAAAUUUAUUGGAUUCAAAAUCUCCAAGAACGAUUUUGCUAUCAUUAGACCCUUCAAAUUUGUCGAAAAUUCAAAUUAAACGAGCGAAUAAUAUUUUAGACAAAAUUGGUGACACUAAACCUUCAAAUUUGUCGAAAAUAUCUCAUUGCGGGUCUUUGCUGCUUCAAUAUGUACAAACAGUCCUUUCUCUUACUAGCCAGCAGAUUUUCCAAACACAGCUGAAUUUUGAUAGCUCUGACACUUUUUCAUUUCCAAGUAUCCAUAAAAAUAUCAAAAAACUAAGUAUUGACCAAGAUAUCACCAAAACAGGAGCUUUUCUUCCUUCUAAACAGGUAAGUGUUUACUUAGGCAGAUGGUUUUUUCUUUUGAUGCUGAUCUAAAACCACAAGAAAUUCCAGAGCCUUCUGAAUCGGAAGAAGAAAUCCCAGAGCCAACUGGAGCUGAAGCAUUGAGAGAUUUAUCAAAACAAUGCCAAGACUCAGGUGAUGAAGGUGAAUAUUUGCUUGAUGAGAAUGAGCAAUUUCUUGAUGAGAGAUUUAAACAAGCCAGAAUUCAUAGGCUUGAAGAAGAAAAACUUAUUAAAAAACUGCUGAAAAAGGACAAAGAAAAAAUCAACGCAGAAUCAAGCAUCCCUGAAAAUUUAACAGAAGAAGAUAUCGUUGGAUAUUUAAAAACAGAAAAACUUGAUAAUCAGCCUUUAGAGUUUCUCCUUAAAUUUGUGGACAAACUUCGAGAAAAAAGAGAAAAUCACACGCUUGGCUAA